UGGAUCGCCCGAUAGUCAAUUCACCGGCCAAUCUACGUGCACUUGCUGAAACCCAUCCCAUCCGCUUAUCGAACUCUGAGCCAUCUCUCUCAAGCCACUUGUUGCCGGGGGACAAGGAGCUUGCGAUUUUGGUAUCGAAUUUGUGUUUUUCGCAGUUAUUCCUUUGUUCCAUGGACGAAGUGAUGACAAUGGCGGAUGUCAAUGCGGCCACUCAGUCGACGUCAUCUACCUCAACUCCUACAUCCCUGCUUCCAUCUAAUAUUCCCCUUCUCUCAGCUUUUCUCUCAUUUGCGCUCGCCCAAUUGCUGAAGAUCUUCACCACCUGGUAUAAGGAAAGGAGAUGGGAUUCUAAAAGGAUGCUUGAUUCAGGUGGAAUGCCUUCAUCACAUUCUGCUACAGUGUCAGCUCUAGCAGUGGCUAUAGGUCUCCAAGAGGGAACAGGGUCACCUGCUUUUGCAGUUGCUGUAGUCUUGGCAUGUGUGGUAAUGUAUGAUGCAACAGGAGUUAGACUUCAUGCAGGUCGGCAGGCAGAAUUGCUGAAUCAAAUUGUAUGUGAGCUACCACCUGAACAUCCUUUGUCCAGUGUCAGACCACUUCGUGAUUCACUCGGUCAUACUCCUCUUCAGGUUGCUGCUGGUGCUUUAUUAGGCUGCUUCAUAGCGAUCUUAAUGAGGACCUCCAAUUAGGAUGCUAUUUGAACAAUACUUCUACCAUGCCAGAAAGUGUCGCUGCAUAGCGUUACGAAAAGAGAAUGUCAUCGAAAGAGCAAAACGGGUCCACUGUUGUUGCACGCCUGCAAAGAGGAUGGAUGGUUUAACUUUAACCUUGGUUUGGGGG